UCGUUUCUGCUAGGGAAAGACCACGAUAACGUUAGUGCAGCUAAGCUGCAGGAUGAAUACGGACACCGAAUUAACGCUUUCAGCUGCAAUCACUUGCAGGGUUUUUUAAUACCCGAUUAAGAGUGGCCAGUGAAACAAACAGCUGGCCAAGUCCGAAGUGAACGUCAGCCGAGAACUUUGUCCGCGAGGAGAAAAGAUCGCUCUGCUGUAAUGCUGGAAGUCUUAACUUCAAGCAUGGGAGACCACCGCUUUGUUUGAAAAGAUGUGAAUGGAAUCUCAGUAUCUGAAAAGAUGCCUGGGAAGUUGCUUGAAAAAGGGACUGGCAGAGGUUGUAGAGCAUCAGCCGGCAGAUCCAAUAGAGUAUCUGGCACAUUGGAUUUACAAUUACAGAAGAAUCUUAGAUGAAGAAAAAAAGAGAAUGCUGGAGAGAAUUGAGCUAGAACAACAAUGGGAGGCGGCCCUGGUAGAACUCGAAAUGUUAAGAAAAAUGAAGGAAGAAGAGCUAAUGAUUCAGCAGAAACUUGAAGAACAACAUCAGGGUCAGCUGGAACAAGAACGUGAGGAGUUGAAACUGCAGAAUGAAGAAGAUGAAAUGCUGUUGCAGAGGAAAGAUCAAGAGGAAAAUGAAAAGACGAUAGCUGAACUUACAGAUAGACUUGGAGCACCUAAUUUGACCAGAGUUGAGGAGCUAGAUGAGAAUGGACAGUUUGAGAGUAUAAGAGAUCUCACGGCAGAAGGAGAACAAGAAAGUUCCCAACUGAUCUGAAAGCAGUAAAUAUAUUUUCUACUCAUUACUUGCUGAUCCUGAAGUGUAAUAUCUUAAUUUAUGUAUUUUAUAUAUAGAACUGAUUUACAUACCUUUUGUUUCAGUUUCUGUGCUUUCUGAGUGUUUGUAUAAAGUCUGUUAAUUCUGGCAUGUGAUGCUUCCUUUUUGUUCUUAAACCAUUGUAGCUAGCACAGCUGACUCAGAGGAAGAAAACUGCAACUGAAAUGAAAGCAGUAAAUAUAUUUUCUACUUAUUGUCCGUUGAUUCUUGACAUGUAACCGUAAUAAUUAUAGAUAUAAUUAAUGUGUCAAGAUUAUUUUGGAGUACAGGCUACAAUAUGAUAAUUUUAAUCAAUAUUAAAAGAAUAAAAGAUUAUUGAAAAAGGAUUUUCCAAGAAUUUGAAUGAUUUCUGAUAGAAAGUAGGAGUGAUCUACAGAUUAGAAGGUGUGGAGAGAGUUCUGCACAUCAAACUAGAUGCAAAAAUCAAGUCAGAAGAUUUUCCAAUUUAUCUGGAAGAGAGAAAUUGAACUCUGUGUGACUGCGUAGGCAGAUGUACUAAAAGAUCUUGUCUGUCUUGGAAAUCAUGAGGUGCUUUCUGUAACACUAGGUGUUUGCUCUAGGCUUUAUAAUAACCUUUUCUGGUUAUUGUGUGAUAUUAGGUGAGCUGCAAGUGUCUGCAUAAGAGUUUUAAUUAGUCGAGUCUUAAAAUAAUCUUUUCUGCUUUUGCCUUGAAUUUGGAAAUCAAUAAAUUACAUCUGCGUUGUCUUCACUAACUACCAUUAUAAGUUCUCAAAGCUUCACUUCUAAUAAAAAUUGGAAGGACAUUUAGCUUGAUCCAUAUUUAUCUAUAAAAAUAAGUUUUAUAAUUCUUAAAGACUGCAUUAAUUUUUAUAAGAACAAAUUUCUGUCAUCACUAAUAUCUUGGUACAGGUUGUCAAGAAUGUUCCAUGUCUGUUCAUUAUAAAUAGAAAAGACACCAGCAUUAAGAAAUCCUACACUUCUUGGCUAAAACAGGCCUUUGCAUCUCAGUGUCUUCCAAUAAUACAGGUUAGUUGGACAAUUAACACUUAGUCAUUGCCAAUAUUGUGCAAUGAAAAUACUCUUCAUUACAAAUUCAGUGCAUAGUUAGUGCAUUCACUGCAUUCUUCAGUUUUGGGAUAAAAGAGAUUUUUGGGAUAAUUUCACUUUAAUAUGUUUAUAUUACAGUUAGCUUUAAGGGUUUUGCUAUCUUUGGCAAACUUAAAAAUAUCUACAUACCCAACAGGCAAAGGUCAAUCAUGUAAUAAAUAUUUUUAUGCUCUAACUUGUUCUGUUCAUGUAGCUCAUACUAGGCAUAAUCCUACCAAUUUUUAAAAAGGUGAGCACUAUUGAUUUCUAGUAUAGUAAUAUAUUAUUUUUCCCUUAAAAAUAAUAAAGUACAUUUAUUAAAAAAGUCCUGUUGCCCUCUUUUUUGCCAUAUUGCUUUUUAGACAUUGUUAAUUGGUGUGUCUUAUAUGAACAUCCUUAAAAUCAAAAGAGAAAAAUGUCACUUUCCAGGUAUAAAUAUUUAGAAAUGUUUGUGUAACUUUUUAAGUAAUGAAAAAUGGAACUACUUUUGUGACUAGGUGGUCAGGAUUUGCUAUCUACAUUUAUUCUGCAUUGGUAUAGGUUUGCAAUUUCCAUGACAGUCAAGAAGCUUUUCUGUGGAAUGAAUAUACCCUUAUGGUUGAUAUUCCAGUAAACCGAUUUUGUCACAGUUUAUGAUUAUAUUUAUUAGUAACCAUUAAAACAGUGUCAUUUUAAGGCUGCAUUUUUAAGGUACUACAGUUCUAGUUACACCUAUUAACACUAUAUGCACAGCAGCUUCUUGUGACAAUCUCAAAGGGAUUGAGUGACUGGAUAAAUAGAUGGAGUUUCCCGUUUGAGCCAGUAUGUAUAACUGGAUCUUGUUAUUUAGAUUAAAAUUUUCAAAAAUUGAUAAGUAACUUGUGUCCAUUUACAUUUUACAUGAUUGGACAAUCAUGUUGACUAUGAAAAUUUCAGCCCUCAUACAGCCUUCAUAUUUAAUUGGAAAAUAUGUUCAAGUUAUAAGGCAGUAUUUUAAAACAUGCUAGUAAAUAAUUCUAAUUACUACUUCCAACAUGUGGCUUUCAUUUUCUAUCUUUUUGUAACAUUUGUAUCUUUCUUUGAUUUUGUUAUAUGUGUGUCCACUAGAGUGCAUCCUAAAUAAACACACUGGCGGCUCUGUCAGUUACAACCCAUUAAAACUACAA